GGUGUUGUAAUGCGGCGGCGGUGGUUGGCUGGCUGGGCAGACAACAUGGCGGCGUCCAUCCUAGGCUCGCUGCUGCGGACCUUCCGGCAGGCAGUUCCUCCAUCAGCGUCAGGUCAAGUUCGAGGUUACUAUGUAGACUGGAGAAUGUUGCGUGAUUUGAAGAGACGGAAAAUGGCUUAUGAAUAUGCAGAUGAGAGGCUUCGGAUCAAUUCGCUCAGAAAGAAUACCAUUUUGCCAAAGGACCUUCAGGAAAUGGCUGGUGAUGAAAUUGCUGCCCUUCCACGGGAUAGCUGUCCUGUUAGAAUCAGAAACCGGUGUGUUAUGACAUCUCGCCCACGUGGUGUUAAGCGUCGCUGGAGGCUUAGUCGCAUUGUCUUCCGCCACUUAGCUGACCAUGGGCUACUUUCUGGAGUCCAGCGAGCAAUAUGGUAAAACCAUUUCAGAACCUGCCCAGCUGGGAAGCCAAUCCUGGCAGGAGACUUAAGACCAAACCCUAGGUCUUAUAAGGGUCUAGUAUGUUUAGUCUACUUAACCCUGAGUUAAAUUACUUUUACACUUUAAAUAAUAUGGCUAUUUGUCAUUGAAUUGUCUUUCAACUUUAAAGCAUAGUAUAAGAGUGGAAUAAACAUAUUUUCUGUGAAA